AUGCCUUCCACCAUCAGCUUUUCCGCUCCUGCAGCGACCAAAUCACAUUCCAUCUACACUCGACCAGCAAAGAAGCAAAAGAUGAGCAUCACUCAAACUUACUUUCUGGCUCACAGUGCUCGAGGCAAGCUCUCCAAGGAGGCUUCCCGACCUGAUCAUGACCUACGACUAUUGGUCGGACACGCCAACAUGCUAGACUCUCUCAUGCUCGAUCUCGCCAACGCAGAGCAAGAACAAGAGAGAUGGUUCAACAACAUCGUCUCCGGAUCUCAAGACGAAGAGGAGGAGAGACAUCGACAUGUCGAGACCAUUGUCGAGGAGCCCGAGGCCGACUGGGAGGCCGAGGAUGCACACAGUUCAGAGGAGGACUCUGAUGACGACUUUGAGGAGAAGCCCAUCCACAACAUCUCCACCAUCGAAGUCGACUCAGAUAUGGAAGACGAUGAAGACUCGGAAGAUGACGAGCUCGCUCUCACCCGAACAGCUUCUCGACAUUCUCCUCCCGAGCUGAGUCUCGACACCGAUUCCGACUCAGAAGAUGACCACAUGCCACCUUCACCACCAACCAUCACGUUAGAGGUUCUCAGUGAUAAGCAAAGACAAGCCAUUGCCACUACCUCUUACUACGACGCCAAGGACACUACCUCACUAUCUCCCGCAGAGUCGGAAGCCUUCACUCAAGAGGGCUUCUUCUUACCAUCAAGGCAACAGCCAACCAUAAUCGCUGCCUACUGA